GAGGCAUCCCGGUGUACGACUUCGCGGCCCCGCUCACGCUUGCCGACUUCGCUGCGCUGCGCCCUGCCGCCGUUCGGAUGGUGGCCGAGCACGACGCCGCGCUCGUCGCCGCAGGGGUGCAGGCCGUCGCGCCCGCCGCCGCCGCUGCUGGCCUUGGCCCCGCGGCGGCCCCGCCCGCGGCAGCCCUGGCUCCCGCGCCGCCCUUGCUGGCAGCUGCUGGUUGCCGCCGCCGGGGCUCCUUCCUCCCGCUGCGGGUGCCCUCGCUCCUGGGGCCGCUGCCGCCGCCGGCGCCGCUGGUGGGCAUGGAGGCCUACACGCUGCGCUGGCCGCUGGCCCAGG